CAAGAUUCAAUCUCUCUUCCUUUGAAUCAAAGUUGAACCACACUAAAUCUUUGACGCCUAAACAAGAAAUGGCAAACACUAGUGUUCUAUUCAGCUUUUGUUCUCUGUUAAUGUCUGCAAUCUUUGCUUACUCAGGUUUUGUCCAGUUAAAUGAUCCAGAUUGGUACUUUUGGUUCCCUCUCUAUGCUAGCUCUUGUGUUGUUAAUAUGCUCAACUGGGCAAUCUCCUCAAAUUUUAUAAGGAAAAUUGCAGAGGUCACUUUAUGGCUGGGUAUAUUCCUGUUUUUUAAGGUUGUAAUGGAAGAUUUUGUAAAUGAAACUGCUGGAUUUUGGUCAUUGGAUUUGAGUGAGAGAGUUGUAAGAGAGAAAACUGGAAGUGGGUUGGUCAUCUUUUCCUUGAUUCUGCAAUUGCAAGCAUUAUCCAAGCUAGAGAAUUCCAAGUCUGGAAAUCAAAGAAAGAAAAAAGUAUUUCCAAGAUUUGUUGAAUAUGGAAUGGCUAUCUUGGUGAGCUUCAGUUUUGGACUCCCUUUGGUCUUCUUUGUAGUUAGAAAUGAAGAAAUGAAGUUUGACUAAAUCAAUGAUGAGCUUUCUUUGAAAAUCAACUACUUAUAGCUUGCACAUUUUCAAGUUUCAAUAUCCCACAACUAUUUUCCACAACUUACUAGUUGUGGUAUGAGGGAUAUUAAUGAUUUUUUUUCUUCUCUGUGUAAUACGUGAGAUUUUUAUAAAAUAUAUUGGCUUUAGAGUUUAAAAGCUCUAAAUUUGUAUUAUACUCUUCUUUAUAAUGGUUCAUCGCUUUAUUUUCGUUUUAUCCGCAUGUAUAGAUUUUAUGAUCGAACCACUUCUGUGUCUAUUCUCUUUCUUUUUUUCUUAUAUUAUGAUUGAUAAGUGUGUGCACUCCUAAUAUUCUGUAUUUGUUUCAUCAAUAAUAAAUUUAAAGAAGGCAAAGGUUGUAGGUGAAAGAGGUAAAAUCUGUAAAUCCACACUUACAAGUACGAAUAGCUCAUGUUUUUCGAUUUAAAAAAAAAAAAAGAAUAGCAUGUUUCCUACCGAAAAGACCAAAGAAAUAUAUCGAAGAUCUUAUAAAUAGCAAUGGGUUUGCAUUCAAUUUUGAAACUUGAUUUAAAUUUCACUUUUCGACUAUCAUUUGAAAAUAAUUCCAUCAUCAAGCAUAUUGGAAAGAAUAUUUUAAAAAAUUGACCCAAGAUUGUUGUAAGGGCACUACAAGAGGUGAAUAUUAUAAACCUCCAGUAUUUGACCGUUUCACAAUUAAAAUAUUCGAGCUUCUUCAGAACUCCCAUAAUCACCUUCAUAGAUAUCUUUUAGGAUUUUCUGGCCUUCCUACUUUAUAACACACAGUAGCCAUGGCUGUGUCGAGGACUUCUUGUAUAACCAAUCAUCAAUUAGUGCAUAUUUAGAAGACUUCUUUAUUAUCUAUUUGGCCGAUAACUCAUCGGCUGGAAGAAUAUCUUAUGUUAAAAAUUUCUAUACGGGCGUCAUCCAUGAUUUAUUCUCUUCUAUAGGAAAA